AUGGCAGACAACAAGCAGGACUCCAAGCCCAGGCAAACUGAGAAGACCACAGAGUCAGGGAAGAACAGGAAGAAGAAGUCCCCGAGGCCGCCUUCCCAGGAUCCCAUGCAGAUCAUCGCGGACACAGAAAACAGAAGCUGGCUGUACUUUGCGCAAUUCUUGCUCAUCAUCACGGUGGUCAUCCUGGCAUAUACCACUGGCGUGUUCGAUCUGUACAAAUACUACGAAUACCUGACAGAGCCGCAGCUUUCUGGCGCACAGAAGAUUUUGAAGGACAAUCCUCUCGUUGACGGGCAUAACGACUUGCUCAUACUUCUCAGAGCUGUCUAUGGAAACCGAAUCUACGAUACCAACUUUACCAAGCCAUUUGAAGAAGGGGGUCUCGUCGGGCAGUUUGAUCUGGAAAAGGCCGAAGAAGGCCUGUUGGGUGGGACAUUCUGGUCUGCGUGGGUGCCAUGUCCUGCCGAUGGGUUUGAUUUCUCGGAUGAGAAUUACGCGCCUUUUGUGAGAGCGACGCUGGAGCAGAUUGACUUGUUCCAUCGUCUGGCGGACAAGUAUCCAAAGUACUUCACAUUACCCAGGAAUGCAGCUGAAGCCGAGAAAAACUUUGCGAGAGGUGGCAAAUUGAUUAGUCCGCUGGCGAUUGAGGGGUUGCAUCAGAUUGGCAAUUCGAUUGCGACGUUGAGGCUCUAUCAUGAACUUGGUGUGAGGUACGCGACAUUGAACUGGAACUGUCAUAACCGAUAUUCGGACGCUGCGGUUGUCAGCAUCGAUGGAGAAAGUCAGAGAUCGAAGCCGUACUGGGGCGGUGUGAGCGACGAAGGCCACAAGCUCAUCCGAGAGAUGAACCGUCUCGGUAUGCUCGUAGAUCUCAGCCAUGUCAGUCCAGAUACGAUGCGCGAUGUGCUCGGCGGCACCGCGUCCGAGAAGGGGUGGAAAGGCAGUCUGGCACCGCCUAUCUUCAGCCAUUCCAGCGUCUACGCGAUCUGCCCCCACCCGAGAAAUGUACCAGACGACGUCCUCGAGCUGGUCAAGAAGCGCAACUCGGUCGUCAUGAUCAACUUCUCUCCGGACUUUAUCAGCUGCAAAGACACAGGCGCAAAGAACGGGCUGCCCGAGCUAGUCGAAGAGACCAAUACCAUCGAACAAGUUGCCAAGCACAUCAUGUACAUCGGUGACAAGAUUGGCUACGACCACGUUGGUCUCGGGAGCGAUUUCGAUGGCAUCCCCAGUACACCGAGAGGAUUGGAAGAUGUCUCGAAGUAUCCUCAUUUGAUCGACCUGCUGCUCGAGAAGGGUGUCAGCGAGAGAGAUUGUGCCAAGAUCGCCGGGAGAAACGUGCUCAGGGUAUGGCACGAAGCCGAUCGCGUAGCUGCGAGACUACGGAAGGAAAUCGAUCCGCUGGAGGACCAGAUUGGUAAGGGGAUAGGUCUGACGGAGGUGGUGUUUGAUGGAAAGGGAGUAGAGGUGGAGCAUUUACAUUAG